AAGUGUAAAGUGAAAUGAAUAAGUUUAAGUAAUUAAUUGUGUAAUGCCUGUAAAUAUCGCGUGUGAAGCAAAAAGUCUCAAAUUGUGCAUCGCUACGUGAGUGAAAGCAAAUUUUCCGUAUGCAAUUGAAAUUUGCCAAUCUUUUGUGGAAAAGUGGAAAAAAAUGUUUGAAUUGUGUUUUAAAAUAUUUGUGUUACCAAAAAAUUACGUUAUUAAAUGCAAUAAGGUUUUUUGUUAUAUUUUUUGCAAAUUGAUAAAAGAUUGUGCGUCGUGUGUGGCUCGUUUAUGUUCGCAGCUGCAUGCAAAAACAUGUUCAUGCGUUUAACAGUGAAAUCGGCUGCUUCAAUAGAGGCUCGCCUGCGCGAGAUGCAACGUAAAUUAUCGGAAAUUGCGGAAAUACCGAAAAUACUCUCCUCCACACUCGCCACCGUGUCGCAAACAUUCGAGAAAUUGAGUCCCAGUGAUUUGCAGCAACACCGCAAGCAUUCCUACGAUGAGGAUGCACUGGAUUACGAGCUAAGUGGCGCCAACGCCGAGCAACGUCUCAAGUUGAAGGCUAAAGGAAAAGCAAACGCCAAAACCGCUGAGCCAUUCGGCGGCGCGAAAAUGUACUUGGCAAAAGACUCGACGCCGGAAUCGGAUUAUGCAUCGGAAGGCAAUUAUGAAUCAAAUGAAGCAGACACGGAUGACGAUUAUGACGUUGCUGAUGUCGGCGGCGGCGACGGUGACGCUGACGAUGAUGAUGAUGAAAAUGCUUGCGAGAGUAGAAAUAUGAGAGAACGUAAUGGAGCGCGCAAAGCAGCCUGUUUUCAGGGCGUUGAAAGUGGAACAAGUAAUUAUGUUUUGCGCGCAGUGGAUCCGGUAAAAAUCAACACUGGCAGUGAGGCAGAAGCCGCUAUACCAUAUGCGUUUCUGACACGAAUGAGACCGGCCAAGUCGAGUGUGCCGCAGCGCAAACAAUAUAAGCAACAACAUCAUCAUGACAAUGUCAAUGACAGCGUUAAUGUUAUUGCAGGUGACAAAGAUUACGGCGAUAUAACGACGACGGAUGAUGAAGCUCAGGAUUAUGUCGAUGAUGAUGACAACGAGGAUUCCGACGAAGAUGUUGUAACAGCCAGACUCGUUAGUGACGACUCAGGUAGUGAUGUUGAAACGGAGGCCGCUGACGCGGCAGGCAAUAGUGUUGAUGACGAUGACGAUGCCACUUAUGAUGACGAAGCUGAUGAUGACGAAGAUUUCCUAACUGCCACCUACACCUGGAAUUUGAACAAAAUACCUAAGUUACAGUUGAAUGACGAGAAACAAUCGGGCGACGAGAGCAAUCCAUAUAAGGAUCAGAUUGACAUGGAUGACACGGAUGAGGAAAAGCCGAAAAAGAAAGCGCGUUGGUGCCAUACUGACGAUGACUUGCAGAAGGAAAAACAUUUGCAGUGGGUCGAUGCGGAGGAUGAAAAGGAGAAGAAGUUUGCCGAUAAAUUGGAGCGCUCUUGGCCCUGGGCAGAUCGCGAGAAAAUUAUAUACAAGCAAUCAACUUGUCACCUGGUACGUCGCCGUCCUUUGGGUUUGGUUGAGCAGCGCAUCAAAUUAUUGGCUAAACAGAAUCUGAGCGACAGCUUGGAACGACAGCUGCAGUGAAAUUAAAUUAUUGCACAGGUUAUUGGCAACAGUUGCAUUGACAUUGCGGAAUUGGGUUGAUAUGCUAUGAGAACUGCCAUUAUUAAUAUACUGCUAGCAAAAUACAUAUUAUAUAUUGUUUAUAUAUUCCUUAUAUUUAUCGAAAGAAUGUCAUAUUAAAUCGUUAUUUAGCUAUAUUAGCGCCCAUUUGCAUAUUUCAUUUUGAAUAAAGCGUUGUUUUUAAAAGUU